AAACUUGAUUUUCUUUUCUUUUUAUUUACAAAUGACUUGAAUUUUGUUGUUUUGUAGAUACUUGAUUGAUGUAGAAGGCAUGUGGCCAGAUGAUGCAAUUGAAUUAUUCAAUAGGAGCCGUGGACAUUGCUUAGAAAGACAAAACUACAUUGAAGACCUUCGGAAUGGUCCCAUCAGAAAGAAUCGGGAUUCCAGUGUAUCCAGAACAAGUGGUUUUGAAGACUCAGCGCGUAUGAUGGAACCAGUUCACACAGCUAAUAAGUCUGUUAACCAAGGACUGAAGUAUAACCUGCAUCAGACCCCAGGUUACCCAACAUCUCGGCAUUUCCAUACCCGGACCCGAGAUUUGCAGCAAUCAGAAAG